UUUGGACAGAAAGAACAGCAAUAGGAUUAGAGAAUCAGUAAAGAGGCUGAAUCUCUAACUCAUGCAGUUGAUCUUCUUGCACGCCUGAGAGACAAGCACGGAGCUGUCACAAUGGAGGUUAUGAAGCCCAGGUUCAAAGUGGGCCUACUGAAAAAGCGUCGCUCCAGUCUUUUUGCGACCAUAAAACGGGAUAAGAGUUUUUCCCAAAGCACUGAAGAACAGGAGUGUGAAUUCCCCUUCUCACAGGACAGCUCUGUGAAACCAUGGACAUCUAUGGACAACCUAGACGCUCCUGAUGUCAAAAAACACGCUCCUGAUGUCAAAAAACGUGCAACAAAAGAUCAGAGCAAAGACGCACCGAACCACAGGAAAUCAAACAUUGUCAAACUCAACGUGGGUGGAAAAUUAUUUCACAUCCCAAAGCAUUUGGUCCUCCGAUACCCUAAAACCAGGAUUGGAGUCCUUGCACUCUGUGAUGAUCCUGUGAAACGUCUGACACUCUGUGAUGAUUACAAUGUUCGGAACGAUGAGUUCUUUUUUGACAGGGACCCCAUGUUUUUCCACUACAUCUUCCACUUUUAUUGUAGUAAUGUCCUAUGGGUGAUGGAUAGUCUCUGCCCUGUUAGUUUUGAGGAAGAGAUGUCAUUCUGGGGGUUGAGACUGAAGGACACGCCAAGGUGCUGCCGCAUUCUGUUUGAGGAGAAACUGGAUGACAUCAGAGACCAACUAAAGGUCAACCAGGAGCUGAUCGAUGAGAUAAAGCCUCACCAAGAUGAAGAGGGUUACGAGAAGAUGUUUCUUGGAGGCUUUCGGAAGAUCCUCUGGGACUUGAUGGAGAAUCCUUACUCCUCGCUGUCAGCCAAAGCCUUUGCAGUGUUUUCCAGUCUCUUUGUGCUUAUCUCUAUUGUUGCCAUGACAAUGAAUACAGUAAAGGAACUCAGGGAGUACAAACUUGCUGGCAGAACCUACAUGGAGUGGAUAGAAAUUAGUUCCAUUAUUUUUUUCGCCUUGGAGUACUUUUUGCGGUUACUCACCACAUCUAACAUCAAGCAUUUUUUGAAGAGUGCCCUCAAUUUUGUUGAUGUAGUGGCUGUUAUGCCCUACUUCCUCCAGAUCCUUUUUGAGGCAUUUGUAAUGGAUUCAGAAGACGUCAGUGCAAAGGAAGAUUUGAAGACCAUGGCAAGGGUCAGUAAAGUCAGCAAAGUGCUGAAGGUCGUCAAGUUGAUGCGCAUCUUCCGUAUCUUGAAGCUUGCCCGUCACUCUACAGGCAUGAGAGCAUUUGGUUUCACCAUCCGACAGUGCUCUGAGCAGGUGUGCUGUCUGUUUUUGUUCAUUGCCAUGGGCAUCUUCACCUUCUCUGCUCUGAUGCACUCUGUGGAGGUGGAUCAGCCUGGGACACCAUUCAGCAGCAUACCAGAUGCUUGGUGGUGGGCUGCGGUGAGCAUCUCUACUGUGGGCUAUGGUGAUGUUGUCCCUAUCUCCUAUCUUGGACGCUGCGUGGCAUUUGGCUGUAUCUCUUUUGGCAUCAUUCUCAAUGGCAUGCCCAUCUCCAUUCUAUUCAACAAGUUUUCUGACUACUACGCCAAACUGAAGGAACAGGAAUACAGUGUUUCAAACACAGAGCGCACCUUCCAGCUCAAGAAACGUCUGAGGCGCAAGUUAGACAGCUGCUUUGAACCCCAGCCAGAGGAGUCUGAAGAUGAGAUUCGCUAUUGGCCCAGGGAAAGGCAAAGUAUCCAUGAGAAUGAGGAUUGAGUUGCUAAGUUGCAAACUUGCUAACCUUAAAUGGCCUUAUCACCCAUGGGUCUAGUAAGGGAAAGACCCCACCUGCCUCCAAGUCUGAGCCUAUGUGGUUCAAGAUAAACAAUUUAAUGGAGUAAAAGGAGGCAGCAGCAAGUUGAGAUAAGCUUUAAACCUCAACUUUACAGUGAUGACUCCUCAGCAGUUGUGGAUUGGCCACAGGGAAGUUUGGGAAUUUUACUGGUGGGCCAGUCUUGUGAGGGCCGAGGGCCAGCCAUUUCCCCCCAAAACCUGGAAUGUUAUAGCGUAGACCAAUAUACAGAUAUUCAAUAGUUCAGCUGCAGCAACAUGGCUGUUGCAAUCUAUAAAAGCAGGUAGCAGUGCCAUCAAAACUGACAAUGAAAGUUUUGAGCACUCAGACAGUUAGCAUCUAGCACUCGUUAAAAGGGUUAAAAGUAGGCCAAGUAGCACUCCUUGCCGAAACAUGGAUAGAAAGAGAAAACCCGAAGCCGGCGGUGCAGUGAAGGUGCGCCACAAAAAAAAAAAGGCUUUGCUGGCUGACGCUGCAUAAUGUGCUUAGAUAAUUAAUUUUUUUAAGCAGUCUGCAGGUGAUAUUGAUGACAGCAGCAAAGAGGCAGUGAAUAGUGAACUGUUGUCAUGCUGACAUGCUGUGAAGUAGCUAAUGUUGUUUAUUAACCUUGGGGUUUCAAUGCUAGAGUCCCGCUGCAGGUUUGACCAUUUCCAAGGUUUAACUAGUCAGACUCAGUGCACAAAUGUUUAGAGUUAAAUGUUUAUGCAAAAUUUCUCUAAAGUUGGUCAUCAACAUCGACUGUAAAUGGGUACAAUAAACAUGUAAAUUUGAUCAUCAUAAUUUCUUCUAGACGAUGCUACUCAUAAAUUAUUUUUUGCAUUAUAGCCUAGCCUAUAAGGCGUAUAUUAUUUGUUAGACUGCCAAGCAAUACAAAAUAUAUCUUUAAUACUUAUUCACAAACAUGGGGAGGAAAAUUAGUUUCAGAAUUUACAUAUUACAAUAUGUAAUAUAGGCCUACACUGCAAAUUUACAGAUUGUGUUUUUUGUUUUUAAAUUAAUGAUUCUUAUAUCAACAAAACAAAUUAGUUGUAUCAAAUUUGUUAUCUGUCCGCCCCUGCUCCUCAGUCAAAUGGGCUUAACAC